GUGUUACCAUUAAUCGGUGGGAAUAGUCUCAUUCCCGUUCAGUGUCAUCCUCAUCCUCACCUAAAAGCUUUUUUUUGCACCAACAAAAACAAAAUAGAGUAAGAUUUUUUUCUUCUUUUUUUUAUCUUCUUCAUUUGCCAGUGUUGCCAUUUGAUUUACACUUAUUAAUUAUUGCCUAUUGAUUAGUAUUCCUAGUGGUUUGUAAUCCUAAGAAACGAGCUUAGAUAACCCAUCAAGAUGACCGAAGCAGAGAUGGCAAUGGAGGAGAAACUCCGAAAAAAGAAGGAAGAAGAAGAAGCCAUGUGGGCGGAAUACAUUGAACAGCGAAAGAAACAACGAUCCAAGGAGGAGGAGGAUCUCCGGAAGUUGAAGGAGAGACAAGCCAAAAGAAAAGCUCAACGAGCUGAGCAAGAAAAAAUGAUGUUUGAAAUGAAGCGAAAGCAAGAAGAGCAAAAGCAACGCGAAAUCGAAGAUAAAAAGAAUCGCGAAGCUGAAGCUAAACGAAAACGUUUGGAAGAGGCUGAGCGUAAACGUCAAGCCAUGUUACAGGCUAUGCAGAAGCAAAAGGAGUCUGUGAAGCCCAAUUAUGUCAUCACUAAAAAGGAAGGUGCUCCACCUCCAACUGGUCAAUAUCACGACAAGUUCUCUAAUGUGAUGUUUGCACGAGCUGAGCUCAACAAAACAAAGGAGCAGUUAGCUGAGGAAAAAAGGAUUGCGCUCAGUUUAAGAAUCAAAGCUCUCAAUAUCGAAGGAUUGGACACGGAUGAGCUUCGCAAAAAGGCUUCUGAGUUAUGGGAGCAAAUUGUUAUCUUGGAAAGCGAAAAAUAUGAUCUUGAGGAAAGGCAAAAGAGACAAGAUUACGAUUUGAAAGAAUUGAACGAACGUCAACGGCAAAUCAACAGGAAUAAGGCUUUGAAAAAAGGUUUAGACCCUGAAGCUUUCACCGGAAAAUACCCACCAAAAAUCAAUGUUGCGAGCAAAUACGAAAGACGAGUUGACCGCCGAAGCUUCAAAGAUAAGAAAGAUCUUUUCGAGGGCGGCUGGGAAGAGCUUUACAAGCAACAUCUCGAGAAAUCAUGGGAAGAACGAAUCAAGGAGUACAAAGAGCGAGGAUCUCCUAAAUUGAUGAACUGGGAUCCUUCAAACCCUAAAAAUAAGGAAAGCUACGAACCCGGUGCAAGAACAUACGAUGCUGAUGAUGAUCUAGAUGUUAUGGAUACAUUCAAGCCUUUCUCCGCUCCUGAGCCCUCACCACCCAAGUCUACUCCUAGAUACGAGCCUCCUCCCAAACAAGAAGAGGAAGAAGAAGAAGAGGAGGAAGAAGAAGAGGAGGAGGAAGAAGAGGAAGAAGAGGAAGAGGAAUAAAUUAUCGCUUCCACUCUUAAAAUCCACCUUAUACUGCAGAUUAAUCAAACAGAAUGCAAAAGUUGAAAUUAUAUCCAAUCAUUGAAGUGUUAUAAAAAAGCAAAGUUUCAGUUACACUCAGCAGCACUACUAUCAUCAGCGGCCACACAAUCAACAGCACCAACUCUAAAUUGUUGCCAACCUAAUUGUUUAUAUUUUCCGUUUCCGAUCUUAAAUAAUUCAAGUAAUAAUUCAAGAGCCAGCUUGUAAUUGUAAUUCUGAAGCUUAAAGCAAUUUACAACCCUAUCAGUUGAAAUGGCUUAUUGUGAACAGCGACGAAUAACUUUUUGUAACACAGAUUUUGGAAUGACUCUAAUUGUGUUCAUGAUAACCAUACUCUGAUGUAAAUGGUAAUUGAGAAUUCAAAUUAUCUCCUAAAAAUAAGAGAGAGAGAGAAAAAUAAAAUCAAGAGAUAAUUUUGAAUAUCAAUCCAGUAAAAUCAGAUUUACACAGAAAGAGAGAAUAUCAUCAUCAGUAUCUAUUAACGCAAACUUUCUAAUUCUGAUGACUAAUUGUUCAUUUUCGGUUGUUUGUUGUCUUUUUAUGUACAAAUUGUUUUGUGGUAAUUAAAUAUAAAAAUAAGAAUAAUUAA